AAAGGGAACCAAGGAAAGACAAUACUUGGAGGAAGAGUUUGUUCUUCGAGUGAUGGCUCAGUUGACUCUGGCCCUAAAGGAAUGUCACAGACGAAGUGAUGGUGGUCAUACGGUGCUCCAUCGGGAUCUGAAACCAGCUAAUGUUUUCCUGGAUGGCAAGCAAAACGUUAAGCUUGGCGACUUUGGGCUAGCUAGAAUAUUAAACCACGAUACCAGUUUUGCAAAAACAUUUGUUGGCACUCCUUAUUACAUGUCUCCCAUCUGUUCAGCCUUCUCUGAGGCAUUGCCAGGAAAUGGUAUCAGACUCAACCUGUUGGGCUUAAAGCACUAGGGAGCCUCCUGAAGA